UUCACGUGACUAACACGGAAGUGAAAGGUCUGCAGCUCAUAUGUUAGCGGUCCACAAACAGGCGUUAAGUAUUAGCACUUAGCUUAUAAUUGGGUUUUACUAAAUGUAGCUGUUUAAUCGAGUAUGAUUUCUCUCCCUGUGUAGGCUCCCUAGUAAGCCUGCCUACAGUUUUUUAUUCGUGGCAGGCUAAAGCAGCAUGCUAAAGGACCUCCAUUAAAGUUGUUCAAACUUCAUAAUGCCGCUUGUUCCAGCUAACCAGCCGCAGCUGAUCCGCUCCUCUCAAAAGGACGAAUAUUAUCAAACCAGUCUCAGAAAUAACGCUAACGAGGCGUUCCAAACGCUUGCUGGAUCAAGAAGAUGGCUGCAGUGGAGGAAAGAAGUGGAACUACUAUCAGAUCUUGCCUAUUAUGCACUAACCACUCUCUCGGGAUAUCAGACAUUAGGCGAAGAGUAUGUCAGUGUUAUCCAGGUUGACCCCACCAGACGCAGGAUUCCUUCCCGGACACGCCGGCUGGCUCUUGUUCUGUUUCACGCCUUUGUACCGUAUGUCCUCGACAAACUCCUGGUUUGUAUAGAACAUGAGCUUGAGGUGGAGGAGUGGGAUUCCCAGAAUGCCCAGCGAGACACAGUUUUAAGCUGGAGCCCGAUGUCGUAUAUAAAGGCGUGGAUCCAGAGCGCGGUGAGAAUGCUGAAUAGUCAGCAGAGGAAAUCUUUAAAGCCUGUGGUCUUCGCAGCGCAGCAGGGAAUCACCAUCUUGCACAGGGUGCACGUGGCUCUGUUCUACAUCAGUGGUGCUUUUUAUCAUCUGGCCAAAAGGACAUCAGGCAUCAGCUAUCUCCGAGUGCAGGGCAUGGUUGUGGACGAUCCGGGCAUCCGGACUAGCUACCGGCUUUUAGGGUGUGUGUCACUGUUGCAACUGGCCAUCACACUUGCUCUGCAGUUUAACAACCUGAGACGGUGGCACCGUGCCAGACAUGAGUGGACACAGCACAGGAAUCUUCCCUCAAGUCCACAGGAGACGUCGUCCUCUCGAUCUUCUCGCUGUAUUCUGUGCUUGGAGGAGAGGAGGCACUCCACAACAACCCCAUGUGGGCAUCUGUUCUGCUGGGAGUGUAUCACAGAGUGGUGUAACACCAAGACGGAGUGUCCGCUGUGUCGAGAGAAAUUUCAGCCUCACCGCCUGGUUUAUCUGAGAAGUUACAGAUAGAUGAUACAGUAUUUCACAUCUACCUGAACUAAGCCUUCAUUCCAAUACUGUGUCUAUCACACCCUCAUAUCCAAUUCAGAAGUAUGUGUAUUCUGUGCCAUGAAAAAACAGGAUGAGUGGAUGUAUAACCAGAACAAUUUUGCACUUGAACCAUACAGCUGAAGCAGAUUCCUUUGGAAUUUGUUUCAUCUGUUACGUCUGAACUGUAUACCCGGUAUUAUCGGUUUAAUUACUGGCUGUUGUGCUAAUUAGCUAGCUAUAUGGUACUGUGAAUAAAGUAAAUCGCUACAGAUGUAUAAACGCAGCUGUAAGAAAUCAAAUAAUAAAUAUAUAUAUUUAAA